AUGGCCCAGCAGAGAGCAAUCCGGCUGUCCCUGCAGAAGCCCACCCACUCGGUCUGUGUGGUGGGCACUGACACCCCCGUCGACGUUUAUGGUUCAGUCCCUCCAGGAGCUGUGACUUUUAAGGUCACUGGAAGCUCAACGGUGGAGACCUACCUAGAAUAUGACCCCAAGAAUGUGAGUGAGCCCCCAGCUGAUGAACAUUGGCCUUUGGAUGCUGAUGUGGAUGUGAUCAUAAAAAUGGAGACCUCCAGUAAGAAUGUGGAUGAUGCCAAGGUGCGGGUUUCUUAUUAUGGGAAGAAUGGGAGCCAGAAGCUAGGCCAGGCCCUGCUGUAUCUCACCGGCAUUGAAGUUUCUCUGGAUGUUGACACGGGUCGUACUGGGACAAUAAAGAGGAGCAAAGUUGACAAGAAAACAUGGAGUUGGGGCCCAGGAGGUCAUGGAGCUAUCCUUUUGGUGAACUGUGACAGGGACAGUCCCAUCCCCGGGGGAGUCGACUACUCUCACAGCAGCUUGUAUUCCAUGGCAGACCUGCAGGAUAUGUCUAAGAUGGUGCUCUGGACCAAUGGCCCCGAUGACAUCUUUGACAACCACAAACUGGUCCUGCAUGUGUCCCUCAAUGACUCAGACAAAGUGGGCGUAUUCCAUGCCCAAGGUGGGAAUAACAUUUCUAACUACAAGAGGGUCCUCGGACCUGACAAAUUGUCAUACAAAGUGGAUCGGGCCCCUGGGGAGCAUGAGAUCACCUUCUAUGUGGAGGGUCUUGCUUUCCCUGAUGCUGAUUUCUUUGGACUGGUCUCCUUCGACAUCACCCUGAUGGACACAGAUGAAACUCUGCUUGAGACUCCCAUUUUCACGGACACAGUGGUGUUCCGAGUGGCCCCCUGGAUCAUGACCCCCAACACCCAGACGCCCCUGGAAGUUUACGUGUGCAGUCUCAAUGAGCAAGAAACAUCCCAGGAUGAAUUUCUGGAUGCCAUGACCUACCUGGCAUUGAGGGCUAAUUGUCAACUGACCAUCUGUCCACUGGUGGAUAACCGAAAUGACCGCUGGAUCCAGGAUGAAAUGGAAUUUGGCUACAUAGAAGCACCUCACAAGUCCUUUCCAGUUGUAUUUGAUUCUCCCCGAAACAGAGGGCUGAGGAAUUUUCCCUUUAAGAAGGUCCUGGGCCCUGACUUUGGUUAUGUGACCCGAGAGCCUGCAUAUGGUGGUGCCUCCAGCCUUGAUUCUUUUGGAAACCUAGAUGUUAGCCCACCUGUCACUGUCCAGGGGAAGGAGUACCCACUGGGCAGAAUACUCAUUGGCAGCAGCUUCCCCAAGUCAGGUGGCCGCCGGAUGGCCAAGGUCGUCAGGAACUUCCUGUAUGCCCAGAAGGUGCAGGCGCCCGUGGAACUCUAUUCCGAUUGGCUAAGUGUGGGGCAUGUGGAUGAGUUCCUCAGUUUUGUUCCUGCCCCUGGAUACAAGGGUUUUCGGCUGCUCCUGGCCAGCCCCAACGCUUGCUUCAAACUCUUUCAGGAGAAGAAGGAUGAGGGCCAUGGGGCUGCCGCCCAAUUUGAAGGAUUGAAAAAGGGAAAGAAAAAAAUAACCAUUGAUGAGAUGCUGAAUGACAAAAGCCUUAGGAGUGAUAAUCGCUUUGCCCAGAAAUGCAUCGACUGGAACCGAGAGGUCCUGAAACGGGAGCUGGGUCUGUCAGAACGUGACAUCAUCGACAUCCCACAGCUCUAUAAGCUCAGUGACAGCUAUGCAGAGGCCUUCUUCCCUGACAUGGUAAACAUGAUCGUCCUGGGAAAGUACUUGGGGAUUCCCAAGCCCUUUGGACCCAUCAUUAAUGGGCAGUGCUGUCUGGAAGAGAAGGUCAAAGAUUUGCUUCAUCCACUGGGACUCAAGUGCACCUUCAUUGAUGAUUACUACUCCUACCACGUGCUAAUGGGAGAGAUCCAUUGUGGCACCAAUGUCCGACGGAAGCCCUUCUCUUUUAAGUGGUGGAACAUGAUUCCCUGA